AUGCAUGACAGAGAUGGAAAUUACAAACAAUCAUUUACAUUCACUGGUCAGUUUGCAAAGACAUUUGAACCAUGGGAUGUAGCAAUAUCAGAUGAUAAUGAAUACUUUAUGACAGAUGUAAAUAACAAACAAGUAGUUGUGAGUGAUGAAUACGGAAAGUUGAUUAGAAAGUUUGGAAGCUCUGAAAUUGAUUAUCCAUGUGGAAUUGCAAUUAAUCCUGUUACUAAGAAUGUGUAUGUGAGUGAGUUUAGUAAGCAUUGUAUUAGAAAGUAUACCCAGGGUGGUGUGUAUAUUAAGUCAUUUGGGAAAAGUGGAGAUAAGCAAGGACAGUUCAAGACACCUUACUUGUUAGCUAUUAACAGUAAAGGGAUGGUAUAUGUGCCAGAUAAUCGUAACAACCGUAUUCAGGUAUUCAAUUCUGAUGACCAGUUUAUGUUUGAAUUUUCUUCCACUGGUGACAGUAGAAUGAGUCGUCCCAGGGUAGUGGCUGUAGAUAAGAAUGAUUAUGUAUAUGUAAGCAGCGAUCAUAAAGUCACUAAGCAUGACAGCAAUGGUCAGUUUUUUUGCAGGAUUAAUAGUGACAAGGAUGGACUGCGUUGGCCCAAUGGUGUAGCAGUGUGUAAUGAUGGUAGAAUAGCUGUAGUGGAUCACAACAAUAAAUGCAUCAAAGUGUUUGUAGAGUGA